UGGUCUUUUUUCUUAACGCGAUCCGAUGAUGUUUCAAACAGUGCCCGCGCCAUUUUGGUAGGCAAAGCAGAGCUCGGAGCAAGAGUAAUACAGUUUAAGAUUUUACAGUGCAAUGGUAAUAACUUGUGCUGUGAGGGGUUGUCGUAGCCACUCGUCAAAUGGUAUCAAAGUGGGCUUUUUUAGAAUACCGCGAGUGAGAACACGCGAAGGAGAGGAAACUAGAACACUUUGUGAAAGAAGACGGGCUACAUGGCUAGCCAGAAUAAACAGGAGUAACGUGAAGAUCUCAGACGGCUGCAGAGUGUGUUCGGAUCACUUCGUCCAAGGUAGACCAAGUUACCUUCAUGAUGAAAAAAAUCCUGACUGGGCACCGUCACUUAAGUUGGAAGUAAAAGAUGCUCACAGCCAAACAAACUUAAGCAGAUAUCAGAGAGCCAAAAAAAGACCAGCUUUAGGAAAUAGGAGAAAAGAUGAGAAACUUGUAGUAGACACCCUUCUUGAGGCAGCUGCAGUGAAUCAAGGCCCUGAACAGCCAUGUAUUAGCACAGAGGAGAGUGAGGUGAAGGCAAGAGCUACAUGUGAUUCAGUGUCCUGCAAAAGUGAAUUCCAGACAGCAACAUGUGAUGCCAACACUGAUUCUGCAUUAUUAAUAUCCACAGACAGCACUGAAACUAAGGAGAGCCUCAAAGCUCAAAUAAAAGCCUUACGGGAGAAGUUGAGAAUCUCACAGGAGUUUCAACAAACCUUGCAUCAAACUGCAGAAUGCAUUAAGAUUCAGGCUAAAUGCACAGAGAAGCAGAUUAAGGAGAAUUUUGUCAAACUUUACCAGUUGUUAUCUAAUGAAGAGGCAGCGAGGAUAAAAGCACUGAGGGAGGAAGAAGAGCAAAAGAGCCAGAUACUGAGGAAGAAGAUUGAGAAGAUGAGAAAAGAGAUGUCAUCUAUUUCUGCCACAAUCGCAGCUGUAGAGGAGGAGAUGAAAGCUGAAGAUGCUUUACUCCUGCAAAACUAUGAUGCCACUUUGAAAAGAGUUUCCCAGUGUAAAGCGCCAGAUCCAGAGGACAUUUCUGGAGUUCUGAUCAAUGUGCCAAAACACCUGAGCAACCUGAAGUUUACUGUGUUACAGAAGAUGCAGAAAACUGUUGAUUACACUCCUGUGACCUUUGACCCCAACACUGCUCACUGUAAUCUCAUCCUGUCUGAGGAUCUGACCAGUGUGAGAUACAGCGAUGAGGAACAGACUCUUCCUGAGAAUCCAGAGAGAUUCGACAUGUUUGCGUGUGUUCUGGGCUCAGAGGGCUUUGACUCUGGCUCUCACUGCUGGGACGUUGAGGUCGGAGACAGUACAGGCUGGUUCCUCGGAGUGAUGACCGAAUCUGCUCAGAGGAGGAAUAAAAUAUUCUCAAGGAGUGGAAUCUGGCUGGUGGGUCAUUUCUGUGGUGAAUAUAAAGCACAUGAACCACCACAAUCACCAGCUCUCCUCCCAGUGAAAGAGAAACUGCAGAGGAUCAGAGUUCAGCUGGACUGGGACAGUGGAGAGCUGUCGUUCUCUGACCCUCUUACUGACACUCAUAUGCACUCUUUUACACACACGUUCACUGAAAGAUUAUUCCCAUUCUUCGGUGUUGGCUGUGACAUUUCUCCUCUUCUCAUCUUACCUGUAAAUUCCUCAGUAAAAAAAGAUUUGCCAUAGAUCAAGAUAUUAAUCUUGACUUAAAAGUUGUCUUCAUUUAAUAAUCUUUGACU